AACAAAGGAGAAAAACAGAGCCGAUCCUUCAAAGUCGGGUUCGGUGCUGCUCCAGGUUUGUUUACAGCACCAGGUUAAGUAUGGUGAGCAUGUUGGUAUCAUAGGUUCAGCAAAGGAGCUUGGGGCAUGGAAGCAACACGUCAAACUGGAUUGGUCAGAGGAUGGCUGGGUCUGCCAGCUGGAGCUCCCUGGCGAAGCAGCUGUGGAGUUCAAGUUUGUGAUAGUUUCCAAAGGGGGAAAUGACAAGACGUGGGAGGGUGGUGACAACCGUGCCAUUCAGCUGCCAAAAGGUGGUACACUUGAUAUAGUGUGCAACUGGGAUAAGACAGAAGAGCCUUUAGGUCCUUCGGGAACACCAAAGGUUGAUAGAGCACCCAAACAUGCUGCUCCGCAAACGGUUGGAGAUGUUUCAGCUGCCAAUUUAGCACCAGAGACUGACUCGAGCUCAUUUGGUGGGCAAUGGCAAGGUAGCGAAGCUGUUUUCAUGAGGUCAAAUGAGCAUGGGAAUAAGUCGAGUGACAGGAUGUGGGAUACAGCUGGGCUAGGUGGAAUGGCACUGAAAUUGGUCGAGGGUGAUAAAUCAUCUAAGAACUGGUGGCAGAAGUUAGAUCUUGUUCGUCGGCUUGUGUCAGAACCUGUUGAUGAUCAAAGUAGAUUGGAGGCUCUUAUAUGCUCUGCUAUUUAUUUAAAGUGGAUUUAUACAGGUCAGAUAUCUUGUUCCGAAGAUGGCGGUCACUACCGACCCAACAAACAUGCUGAGAUAUCGAGGCAAAUUUUCCGUGAACUUGAAAAGAUGUACUACACAAAAGGCAUAUCACCUGAGGAUGUGCUUGUGAUUCGCAAGAUUCAUCCUUGUUUACCUUCGUUUAAGUCGGAGUUUACUGCCACUGUCCCUCUAACACGAAUUCGUGAUAUUGCUCAUCGCAAUGACAUCCCACAUGAGCUCAAGCAAGAAAUCAAGCAUACCAUACAAAACAAGCUUCACCGAAGUGCUGGCCCUGAGGAUCUUGUUGCUACAGAAGCCAUGCUUACUAGGAUUACAAAGAAUCCUGGAGAAUACAAUGGCGCUUUUGUCGAACAAUUCCAAAUAUUUUAUAGCGAACUAAAAGACUUCUUUAAUGCCGGCAGCUUGUUUGAACAACUGGAAUCCAUCAAGGAGUCUUUGAAUGAUUCUGGCUUAGAAGCAUUGUCAUCAUUUGUCAAAACCAAACAGAGUUUGGACCAAGUGGAUGCUGCGAACAUUCAAGUUGUGAUGAAGACCUUGCAGUCAUUGUCUUCAUUGAGAUCAGUUCUAAUGAAGGGCCUUGAAAGUGGCCUUAGAAAUGAUGCGACUGAUGCCGGUAUAGCAAUGCGACAAAAGUGGCGCCUUUGUGAGAUUGGUCUUGAGGAUUAUUCUUUUGUUUUGUUAAGCAGAUAUAUCAAUGGUCUUGAAGCUUCAGGUGGAUCAGCUUCACUUGCACAAUGUGUGGCUGGAAAUACAAGUGUAUGGGACGAUACCCUUGAUGCCCUUAUUAUUGGCGUCAAUCAAGUUGGCUUUUCAGGUUGGAAGCCAGAGGAAUGCAUUGCCAUAGGGAACGAGCUUCUUUCUUGGAAGAAGGAAGGUCUAUGUGAAAGUGAAGGCAGUGAAGAUGGCAAGUAUAUUUGGGCACUAAGACUUAAAGCUACACUUGAUAGAGCAAGGAGAUUAACGGAAGAGUAUUCUGAAGCACUUCUUUCUGUAUUCCCUGAAAAUGUCAAGGUCCUUGGGAAUGCCCUUGGAAUACCAGAGAACAGUGUGAGAACUUACACCGAGGCUGAAAUUCGUGCUGGUGUUAUUUUUCAGGUCUCCAAACUUUGCACUGUACUUUUGAAAGCUGUUCGAGUAGUAAUUGGAUCGUCCGGCUGGGAUGUUCUUGUUCCUGGAGUAGCCCAUGGAGCCCUGAUACAGGUAGAAAGAAUCAUUCCUGGAUCAUUGCCUUCAUCCAUCAAAGGACCUGUGGUUCUACUUGUAAAUAAGGCUGAUGGAGAUGAAGAGGUCAAAGCUGCUGGCGAUAAUAUAGUGGGUGUUAUUCUUCUACAAGAGUUACCUCACCUAUCACAUCUUGGUGUUAGAGCUCGUCAAGAGCAAGUUGUAUUUGUAACUUGUGAAGAUGAUGACAAAAUUGCAGAUAUGAGGUUGCUUGAGGGAAAACAUGUCAGGCUGGGAGCAUCAUCCAGUGAUGUUGAGUUGUCAGUUUCAGAUGGCAGUGACAUGUCUUCAGAGCCAUCCAUUAUACAGAAACCAUCAAAUUCGUUCUCUUCACCACUGGCUACGGACGAGUUGUCGAACGUGUCUGAGCCCAAAAGCUAUACUUCAGGCGAAAAUGGUAGUUCCAGUGUUCUGGAGCUUGCAGAAGCAUCGAUUGAAUCAUCUGGUGCUAAAGCUAAAGCUUGUGGAACUCUUUCUGUGCUGGCCUCACUGUCAAAUAAAGUUUACAACGAUCAAGGGAUUCCAGCAGCAUUCAAAGUUCCUGCUGGGGCUGUGCUUCCAUUUGGAUCAAUGGAGGAUGCCCUCAAGAAAAGUGGAUCACUGGAACCGUUUACAAGCCUUCUAGACAAGAUUGAGACAGCUGAAAUCGAAAAUGGUGAACUUGACACCCUAUCAUCCGAGCUACAAGCAAUAGUCUCGCUACUUUCACCAACUGAAGAAGCCAUCAAAUCCCUGAAAAUAAUCUUCCCCGAGGACGGACGGCUGAUCGUCAGGUCCAGCGCCAACGUGGAAGACCUGGCCGGGAUGUCAGCUGCAGGGCUCUACGAGUCCAUCCCCAAUGUCAGCCUCUCAGACCCAACCAACUUCGGGUCUGCAGUAGCGCGGGUCUGGGCCUCGCUGUACACUCGGAGGGCCAUCCUCAGCCGCCGGGUGGCUGGCGUGCCUCAGGGGGACGCCAAGAUGGCCGUCCUGGUGCAGGAGAUGCUGGAGCCGGAGCUCUCUUUCGUGCUCCACACCGUCAGCCCCUCAGAUCACGACACCAGGGUCGUCGAGGCCGAGGCCGCCCCGGGGCUGGGCG